UAGGAUGAAAAAUUUUCACCCAACCAAACAAGGAAAGUUGAAGUUGAACCUUCCUUCACCUUCUUUCCUCCCUGCCUUUUCAUCCUUCCGCUUUUUCUGCAAACAAACACUACCUUAAAGUUGGCCAUGAUAAAGAGCUUCCCUUGCCUUGAAAGACCAGGCUUUAGAUCCUUUUCUGCAAGUCUACUCCCAUUUUCAUUCUGCCAAGUGCUAAAUGGCUCAUACCACAGCCUCCAUCAAUAAGCUUCACGACAAAGUGGCCAUCAUCACCGGUGGCGCAAGCGGCAUCGGGGAGGCCACAGCUCUUCUCUUUGCCGAGCACGGCGCACGUGCAGUCGUGAUCGCCGAUGUCCAGGACGAAAAAGGACAAAAACUGGCUGAAACCAUCGGUAACCUCCACUCCACCUAUAUCCACUGCGAUGUAACGGAUGAGAACCAAGUCAAAUCUCUCGUGGAAUCCACCGUCGAGCUGUAUGGUCACCUCGAUGUCAUGUUCUGCAACGCGGGUACCGCCAGCACUUGCACUCAGACCGUCCUGGACUUUGACAUCGCUGCCUAUGAGAAACUCUUUGCCGUGAACGUGGGUGGCGUCGCAGCAAGUCUAAAGCACGCAGCGCGGGCGAUGGUGGAGGGAGGAGUAAAGGGUAGCAUCAUAUGCACAGCGAGCAUUGCGGCGAGGACAGGCGGAGACAGGGCCACGGAUUAUGCGAUGUCCAAGUGUGCGUUGUUGGGGUUGGCGAGGUCGGCGAGUAUGCAGCUGGGUGAGCAUGGGAUAAGAGUGAACUGCGUGUCGCCGGGGCCGGUGGCGACGCCUCUGCUGUCUAAUAUGAUGGGGAUGGGAAUGGAUGAGGCGGAGAAGGCUUUUGAAUCGAGUUAUUGGUUGAAAGGUGUGAUGAAGGUGAAGCAUGUAGCGGAUGCUGUGUUGUUUCUUGCUUGUGAGGAUUCUGAGUUUAUCACCGGCCAUAAUUUGGUUGUAGAUGGUGGAUUUAAAUUUUCAUAGUGAAAUAUACUUGUUAUGAAUAUCUUGGUAGAAGAAAAAUAAGAAUUUCGUUUGCUAUUAUCAUCUGCCAUGGAUAAAACUGUGUCCAGUAAUCUUUACAAGAAGUUAAUUAGCAUAUAUAUUUCUUUGAUUGUUAA